AUGAGAAUCAAGGAGAAGUGGGUGAUCAACACCAUUGAAGGCUGCAGAGAGAGCAAGAAUGAUGAGUGCCGAGAAAAGAUAAAGGGGGAGAAGAGAGUGAAUCGUAGGAAGGUUGCCUGGUGUAGUGGUGUACUGGAUUUGCAGUCAGGAAGCCACGGGUUCAUACCCUGCAUUAAAUACUUUGGCUCUGUGACCCUGGCCAAGGCCCUCACUGUGGUGUCAGGGGUCCUCCCACUCAUUACAGAGACCAGUGAGGCUCUCGCGGCGGGGGCACAAGGCCAGAGUGCGGGACUGGGCUCUUUAGGGGCUGGCGGGCCUGGCAGGUGGGGCCGGACCGGCUGUCCAGCGUGUACGGGGCCGUGCGGCCCCCCCGCCGCCCGCGCCACCCUGAAGUUCCUGGCCGUGCUGCUGGCCGCGGGCAUGCUGGCGUUCCUCGGUGCCAUCGUGUGCAUCAUCGCCAGCGUGCACCCGGCGGCCAGCCCGGCCCGGGCGCCCCCCGGGGCCGCCGCCGACAAUGACUCGAGCGCCGGAGCCGCGGCGCUGCUGCCCCCCGGGCCGGAGCAGAGCCUGAGCGCGCUGCACGGGCCGGGCGGCUCCGCCGGGCCCCACGAGCUCCCCCUGCCCGGCGGCGGCGGCGGCGAGCUGCUGGCCAGCGCCCGGCCACUGCAGCACCCGCUGCUUUUCAGCCGCUUCCUGUGCACCCCUCUGGCCACAGAGUGCCCGACGCCGUCGGACGGGGCCGCGGUGCAGGGCGACGGGCCGGGCUCGGGGCAGCAGCAGCAGCAGCAGCAGCAGCGGCAGCGCGAGGAGGAGCUGUUAGCCCUGCAGAGCACGGCGGAGCAGCUGCGGCAGACCGCGCUGCAGCAGAAGGCGCGGAUCCGAGCCGACCAGGAGGCCAUCCGCGAGCUCACGGGCAAGCUGGGCCGCUGCGAGAGCGGGCUGCAGCUCCCCUUCCAGGACACGGGGCCCUCGGGCCGUCAGGACACCAUGAGCGACGGCCCUGCCUGGGACUCCCCGGCCGUGGUCCGCGAGCUGGAGGAGGCCGUGCGCGCCCUCAAGGAGAGGAUCGACAAGAUCGAGCAAGAGCUACCAGUCCACGGGAAUGUUUCAGCCACUGCAGCCCAGCCCCUCCCAGCUCAGGACCCCCUCCACACCCAAAUGGAGACCCUGGAGGCUCAGCUUCUGUCCAAGGUCAUGGCCCUGGAGAAGGAACGCUCAUCUCUGAGCAGCAGCAACCACAAGCAGCAGCAGGCAGUAGAGAAGGAGCUAAGCGCUUUGCAGGACCGGGUGGCAGAGCUGGAACAUGGGGUAUCAGCCUACAGCCCCCCAGAUGGCUUCAAGAUCAACAUCCCGGUGAAGAAUAAUUACAUGUAUGCCCGUGUGCGCAGGACCCUGCCAGAGCUAUACGCCUUUACCAUCUGCAUGUGGCUCAAGUCCAAGUCUGGGGGGUUGGGGAUAGGCACACCCUUCUCUUACUCUGUGCCUGGCCAGUCCAAUGAGAUGGUGUUGCUGGAGGCGGGGCAUGACCCCAUGGAGCUGCUCAUCAAUGACAAGGUGGCCCAGCUACCAUUGAAUCUGAAGGAUGGGCGUUGGCACCACAUCUGCAUCGCAUGGACCACGAGGGACGGCCUGUGGUCAGCCUACCAGGAUGGCCAGCUGCGCGGCUCCAGUGAUAACCUGGCUGCUUGGCAUCCCAUUAAACCCCAUGGGGUCAUCAUCCUGGGGCAGGAACAGGACACACUGGGAGGCCGGUUUGAUGCCACCCAGGCUUUUGUGGGUGAGAUUGCCCAGUUCAACCUGUGGGAUCACAUCCUGAUGCCGGGCCAGAUCCUGGGCAUUGCCAACUGCACCUCCCCCCUGUUGGGCAACAUUAUCCCCUGGGAUGACAAGCUGGUGGAGGUUUUUGGGGGUGCGGCCAAGAUGCCUUUUGACUCCUGCAAGAGCAAGGCCAAGGCCAAGGCCAAGGCGUGAGACCCUAGCCUCCCCCUCCUCCUUCCUAGGCCAUUCCCCAGAGGAGCACAAGGCAGGUGGCAUCCCUUCCCUUCACACCCCCACCCCACCCUUUCCCUGCUAGACCCUGGACUUCAUUGCCUCCCUCCUUUCCCCCCUCCACUCUACCAUGAUCUCCAGGUAAUGAGGACAGACAUCUGGUGAUCCUCAGCAGCUGUGGCUUGUUCUGUCAAGCAUAGGGUGAGUCCUGGGGAAAUGGGGGCAGGAGGAGGGGCAAGUAACAGCAUAGCCCACCGCCAGGCCCACUCAUCCUGGGCACAUGUCUAACUGUCUCUACCUUAACAACUGACCAGAAUGGAGGCUUAGAACAGAUCGUGACUAAAGAGACCAGGGAGGAUGCUUUCAGCUGAGAGCAUCAGAGAAAGCUUCACACAGGUGCUGAUGAUUAGAGUCCCUCUACUCCAAUCCCCUCUCUGUUUACAAAUGGGGAAACUGAGGCCCAGAACAUGUAAGUGACUUGCUUAAGCUCACCGAUCUAGCAAAAACACACAUGUGGAAGGGAUCUUACAGCCAUCAAAUGGAAUCUCUUCCUUUUUCAGAUGUGGAAAU